AUGCAGACAGCGGUCGAAGUGCGUGCGGCGCUCGGCCGCUUGGCCGAUGCGGAGACGCAGCGCCGGGCGGCAAUGGACGAGUGCUUUGACGACGCGUCCGCCGUUAUAGCUGCUAGCCCCGCAGCGAUAGCGCGCGACGUUGCGCCGCCGUUGCACAGCGUCGCGCAGCGCGCCGAGUUGCUUUCGCUGCGCUUCAAUAGCACCGCAGAGAUGGCGACACAGCUCAAAAAUGAACUCGAGCAGCUGCAUGCUGAGCGAAAGCGCGUACAUGAAGCAAUACAUUGGUGCAGCCAGGUGCUUUUGCUGAAACAGGCCAUCGCCGCUUGGAGCGCUGCGCUAGAAACGCACGAUUGGGACCGCUGCGUGGCCGAGUGCCAAUCUGUGCGCGGCAUGGACAGUGCUGUGGUGCAGAGUCAGUUUGCACAGCGCAUGGUCCCGACAGCGAUGCUGCCGGGUACCGCGCCAGAGACCAUCUCGGUGCUCACAGAAGCACUCCUCCACGCGUGCACACGCAACUUUGCACACUAUACCGCGCCUGCGACGCGCAGCGAGGCCGAAGCCACGCGGUUUCUGACUUACUUUCCGAAAAUAGGCGCGCACGACGCUGGGCUCCGCGUAUACACGGCGUUUGCGCGUGGAUUGGCCCAGGCGCAAGGCAGGGAUAUUCAGGAAAUGCUGGAGACGCAGUCGCCGCCAGCGACAGUAUGGUACGGCACACUUUGGCGCAUGCUGUUUGAGCGCCUCGCCGUGCUGAUCAAUACGCAUUUUCCUGUGGUGGACCGCAUUUUUGCGUCCAACACGCAGCAUGGCUUUGUCGAGGGCGUCUUGCCUGGCUUGAGCAUCGAUUGGACGCGUCUCGGGACACAUCUGCUUGCGGCAUGUACAGAGCAUAGGUACGCAAAGCGGCUUUUGCACCAGGCGCGUGCGUCGCAGCUUCAAGGUCUUGAUACCGUGCGCGCUGUGCCGCACACGGCCGGGCGCAUUUUUGGGCGAGGCGUGCAGCAGGACCGCAGUAUGCCAUUUUCACUCACACGGCCAAGCACGCCGACUCCACCGCAGAUAUUGCAAGGCCCGGACCUUGCCAUGAUUGAUACCCUGCUCUCAGAGCUUGCAAUGAUUGCGCACCAUUGGGCGCUCUUUUGCCGAUUUUUGCGCAAUGUAUUGCACGUGGAGAUGUCAAGCAUUGACGUGGCCGCACAGCAGGCACCUACGCUUGCAGGAGGCGUCGAAGAUGCACUUCUGCACACGUACCUUCCUCUUCAGCUCUGGUCUUUACGUGUAGGCGUUGAGAAGGUGCACGACCUCGACACUGCGGAUCUAGAAGCGCGGCCUUGCACGUCCUCGCUUCCCGACGACUUGUUCUUCAUGCUGCGUACGAUGCUCACACGUGCACUCUCUACCUCCUCGCUUAACGUGUUGGAGCGCAUCGUGUCCCAAACCAUUGCUGUGCUUGAGUCGGACUAUGUCGAAAUCAUUGUGCUCCGCAUGGACGGCUGUCGGCGCGGUCUCAAUAUUGCACGCCUUGUCGACGGGCCCCGCCGCACUGCCGCACUACGCGAGGUCAAAGCCACCAUGAUUGUAUAUUUGAAUGCAUUGGAUACCUCGGCAGAGUACACAGAGCGUCUCAUGCACGAUCUUCAGCAAGAGUCGGUUUUGGAGCAGUACUUUGACGCACACGACGCGUCAGAAUCGAGCGCACUUGCGCUGGCCCAAGAUGUGCUGGGCAGGCUCGAGAUGCUCGCGCCCAAACUGCGCGCUUCGCUGCACCUUGAGCUGGGAGAGUUGUUUGGCACACUCAUCGAGCCACACACUCGCACAUUCAUGUCUGACCUCGUGCGCGACUUGGACUAUGCUUUGGACGAGCAUGCGUAUGCGCGCGCAGAGGAAGCGGAUAUGGUGCGCAAGCGUCUAGGAGCGGCAUGGAAUAAUAUCAUGCCGGGCUACCGCGAGAAACUUACCCAACACACCUACGCUUUCCUCUUUGCCAUGGCCGUCGACGCAAUUGUGCAGCCAUUCGAGACCGGGGUGCUGCAAAUGCGCGUUACCGAGCUUGGCGCGCUGCGCUUUGACAAGGACGUGCGUGCAAUGCUCGCGUUUCUCGGCGCACAGACACCAUGGGGCGUGCGCGACAAGUUUGCGCGCCUCCAACAGAUUGCCUAUGUACUCACACGCGACGAAGAGGAAGAGGUGCGUGCGCCCAAGACUAACCCAAAGGACGAGCACGUGGAUGUGUACGAGGCAGGCACGAACAUAGGCAUCUCGUGGCAGCUCACGCCUGCAGAAGUGCAAGCAGUGCAGGCACUGCGUAUCUAA